AUGACGCUGCGGGAGGCUACAGCGGAUAUGGUUGACGAGCAUACUCGACUUCUGGGCAAGGUUUCGGGAUCUUAUUCCAGUACCUCUGCUCCUCAUGGCUUGAACGGCCACUACGAUGGAGAUAGCCGUGAGGAAACAAGGUCUUCCGCCGCGACCAUCGAACCAGACCGCCAAUUCCGGUGGAAAGAAGGCCUUGCCCUUUUGCUAGGCGUCUUUCUAGUUAAUUCAGAUAGCGCUAUCCUGCUUGCAAUAUUCCAACAAAUCGCAUCUGAUCUCAACGCCCUACCCUCCGCAAGUUGGAUCAUAACUAGCUACCUCGUUGGCGUAAUUAUUGCACAACCAUUGUUUGGCAAACUGAGCGAUAUCUAUGGCCGAAAGCCACUUCUCCUCGUUGCAUAUUGCUGCUACUGUACGGGCGGGCUAUUAGCUGGCAUCGGCUUCUCCUUCUACAGUGUUUUGCUAGGAAGGGCUAUUGCUGGAUUUGGUAACGCUGGCAUAACCGUCCUUGUUUCAACUUUGAUUGUUGACCUUGUUCCUAUGCGAGAUGUUGCAGUGUGGAGAAGUUUGGUCUAUGCAAUCAAUCAAACCGGUCGAGCUAUUGGUCCGUCAUUAGGCGGGUUCAUUGCGGAUAAUGCAAACUGGCGAUGGGCUCUGCUUUACCAGACCCCCCUCAACAUUCUGAGUCUUGUCUUCAUCUGGUGGAAAAUGACAUUUCCCCUGCCGCACCAAACCGAGGAUACACAGGAAACACCACCGCGCUCAAAGUUCAGAAGAAUUGAUUUCUCAGGAGCCAUUAGCCUUGGCCUCGCAAACUGCUCCCUGCUUCUCUUUCUCGACCAAAUUCAGAGAAAUUUUGGCAACUUCCAACCCCUGCACGCUGCCAUUCCUGGUGGGACAUGGAUUGCAUUCAUUGCGGUAUUCAUUGCUGUAGAGGCGUUUUGGGCUAAAGAGCCUAUCCUACCUUUACGACUAAUGGUAAAACGUAAUGUAUUCUCUUCAUAUGCAAUUCAGUUUCUGCAAACUGCUGCACAAAUGGCUUUUUACACCUCUGUCCCGCUUUAUUUCCGCGUCACCCAAGGGUCUUCGAACACAAAUGUUGCCGUCCGACUUCUCCUUAUUACUCUUGGUACUAUUAUCGGCGGAUUGAUUAGCGGCUUCGUCAUUAAGUGGACUGGAUUGUAUCGGCUUGUAAUUUGGGUUUCCCUCACUUUGUCGAAUGCAAGCUUUUUCGCCAUCUUUUUACGAUGGCGUGGUUCGACUGGGUGGCUGGAGUGCCUAUACGGAUUCCCGGUCGGGUUGGGAUUCGGAGUCUCUUUAUCUGCGGCAUUCAUUGCCCUUACAGCCAGACUAGACCCCUCGGAAGUUGCCGUGUCGACUUCCGGAUUCUAUUUGAGUCUAAACCUCGGGAGUCUCAUUGGGGUUAGUUUUGCAUCGCUAUUGGUUCAAGCAUCUGUGCAACGAACUCUGCUUGAAAAUCUCAAAGACUUGCCGAACCGACGUCAGAUUGUACGAGAUGUCAUGUCGAAUUUUGAUAAUAUCAGUCGGCUUUCGGGCAGAGUCAGGGACUUGGUACUUGGGGCCUAUACAGAGAGUUUGGUCAAGGUUUGGCUGUUCGCUUUAGUAUGUGGCUCCCUCGCCUUUGCUGCAAGCCUCAUCAUGCGUGAAGGGCAACUCAGUCGUGGAAGAAAUAAGCGUGGUGGCAAUUGA